AUGUUCUGGAAGGUGGCUGUCACCACGGCGGCGCUGGCCUCGAGCGCCUGCGCCGAGAUCCGCCCGCUCGCCAUGGAUCCCGUUAUCGAAGUCAGGGCCGUCGAUGUGUUGGAGCGAAGUUACGAGGACAUUGCGAACCGCUACGUCGAGAAGCGUCAAAACAUGGACGUCAACGCCGAGUGGGUUCCCAAGGCCGCCGAGGUCAAGGUCAACGCCGAUGGUUCUAUCAACAUGACGGCCUGGGAAACGGAAACGUCGGCCGCCUGUACAUCAGCGCUCUCUCACCUCGAUGCCGCCUCGAACCCCUCGGGAACCUGCAUUUGCUAUAACUUGCCGAGUCUCGACUCCAAGACCGGUGUUUUCGAGGCCGACCUGCGGUUGUUCAAGGUCUCCGAACCCGCCGGUGCUUUCACUGGUAUCCCGCCGCAAAACAUCCAGGUCGGUCUGUCCUUCAACGGCGCCUCCGUGUCGCCAGUGAGCGCCAACAGGAUUGCCGGGACCGGAUCCGUCCGCCGCGACAUGGCUCGCGAAGUGAGCUUCGAGGUUCCCUGGAACGGACUGCACAAGCGCGUCGUCACCCCUCAAGCUCUUCAGUCGUACCUCUUCGUCGGCCAGAUUGACACGAGCAGAAUGGUGGCCCCCAUGUCCAUGUCACAAUUGGAGGCCCUGGUCAUGCCCACCCUCACGCUCACCGGCGUCAACGCCGCCGGCCAGACCGUCAGCACCAACGUCUCAUCCAACGAGGCCUCCUUCAUCACCGGCGUCUUCUCCAAGGAAAUCGUCCGCUCCGAUCUCGCCAUGGCCCAAGCGGCCGUCGACGAGGUGGUCGCCGGCCUCAAGAACGGCACCGUCGCCUUCGUCCUCCCCGGCGUCCAACUCAUGAUUUUCCCCGUCGGCCUGGUCGUCACCGGCACGUGGCUUCUCAUCGGCCUCGCAUUCUACGGCUUCGGCACCUACGAGCGCAUGGGCUACGCCGAGAGCUACAAGAGGAGACGGGCCGUCGCGGGCGACACGGCUAAGCGCAUCUAA